UUCUCUUUUUGGGAUUUUCUUUUAUUUAUUUAUUUUUGGCUCUGGGUGGUAAAAAUAAAAUAGCCAAAAAUCAAAUUUGAGGUGAGAAUUCAUCAAUGGCGUCUCUUUUGAUCAAUUCACUGAAAUGGGACUUGUACAAUUGAAUACAGCUCCUGGCAUGUAGAUCAAGAUAUUUCUGGCUGAGUUUUGUUGAUAUUGUAGCCUAUACUCAGAUAAGCGAAGACUGAAAAAUAUAGUAAAAAUGGCUUGUAAUAAAGACGAGGCCAUGAGAGCUAAAAAGCUGGCAGAGAAGAAGUUUGCAGAGAACGACAUCGAUGGAGCAAAGAAGGUUGCUUUAACUGCCCAACAGUUGUAUCCGCAGCUUGAUGGUCUUCCUCAAUUUUUAGCAAUACUGGAUGUGCAUAUCUCUUAUGGGAAAAAAGUUAACGGUGUAGUCGAUUGGUAUGGGGUCCUUGGUGUCGGACCAUUGGCUGAUGAUGACACAAUCCGCAAGCAUUACAAAGAACUUGCUCUAGUUCUUCACCCUGAUAAAAACAAAUCAGCAGGUGCAGAAGGCGCCUUUCAAAUAUUAUCUGAAGCCUGGAGUUUGUUAUCUGAUAAAUCCAAGAGAAUUGCCUAUGACCAAAAGAGGUAUGCUCAAGUUCCAGCUGUAAAAUCAUCAUCAUCAAUGCCUUCCGGUGAAAAUGGUUUCUGCAAUUUCUUCAACAAUAUUAAUUUGAAUGAGAGAGAUCAAAGGUGUGCUAGUUCUGCCAAUCACCCCACUCGUCGUUUCCAAUCUAAGCCUUAUACCUUUUGGACUGCCUGCAAUGCUUGUAAAAUGCAAUUUGAGUACCUUAGAACUUAUCUUAAUCACAAAAUGCUUUGCCCCAUCUGUCGUAAGCCCUUUGUGGCUAUUGAGACAACAGCCCCACCUUUGAAUGGUGGUAUUUCCUCUACUCCAUGGGCUAGCUACAGGCAGCAACGUAAUUCUAGUCAGACUACAGUGAUCGAAAACUCACACAGUCUGGGGAGGAAACCAGUUCCUGCUACAAAUAUCAGCUCAGCAAGUUAUUCUGGUUUUGACCUAUUAAAGAAUACUUUUCAUCCAGGUGCAUUCUCAAACUCUAGCAGUGCCAGCUGUGCAGUAGCACCAUCUUUUUCAGCUGGUCAAGCUGCAAGUGGGAUUCAGUUAUCCUGUGGACAACUAAAGCGAGAUUGUCAAGAUGCAGCAACAGCUUUCAUGAGAGAGGAAGCAUUCCAGGAAAAGACCCAUGAUUUGAAGAAAGGAGUUUUUGGUUUAUCUACUGGGUCAUCUUCUGCUGGUUUCAGUUCUGCGACAAAGGUAGAUAGGCCUACAAAGAAAAGAAGCAAAGAUAAACAAAGGUUGAAUAAUAAUGAAAGAGAGAUGAACAAUCCAAUUUCCUCUGGAAAUGGAGAAGUUGGCAUGCGUGGUUAUGAAGAUGGUAUCUUCAAAACAGUACAGAUGAAAAUUGCUGGAGUCCAAAAAUCUAAUAGUAGUCGGGAGUUGUCACAGCAAGAGACUCGGAGUAUGUUGACGAGUCUAGCUGUGCAAGAGAUAUUCAAAAAGUUUGAUGAAUGGAGAAUGGAUUCUAUGUUGAAGACAUCACAUGAUUCAAAGAGUUUUGAUAAGGAGAUCAAAGAGAAGAAAGAAGGGAAAAAAGAUAUUGUGAAUGGUCUGAAAACUGAGGCAAAUGCAUGUUCAGAUCUUGUGGAUACCACACACCAUGUUCAGGCUAAAAAGUUGUCUACUGCUGAUUCUGAUAUUGUGUCUGGUAGUAAGGACAUGGAUCCAACAUCCAUGAGUGUUCUGGAUCCAGAUUUUCAUGAUUUUGACCAGGAUCGUACGGAAAGAUCAUUUGGUGAAAACCAAGUUUGGGCUGUUUAUGAUGAUGAUGAUGGGAUGCCCCGCUAUUAUGCUAUGGUUCACAGCGUGAUAUCAUUGAAACCCUUCAAAAUGCGAAUCAGUUGGCUUAAUUCCAAGAGCAACAAUGAGCUGGCUCCGUUAAAUUGGGUUGGUUCGGGCUUUCCCAAGACUAGUGGAGAUUUUUGGAGAGGCAAGUAUGAAGUCAAUGAUUCUCUUAAUUCUUUCUCACAUAAGGUUAGAUGGGCAAAAGGCACAAGAGGGGCCAUUCAAAUAUACCCUCGGAAGGGAGAUGUCUGGGCACUGUACAGGAGCUGGUCCACUAAUUGGAAUGAGCGUACUCCUGAUGAAGUCAUACACAAAUAUGACAUGGUGGAAGUUCUAGAAGAUUACAAUGAGAAGAUGGGUAUCACAGUUAUGCCCCUUGUUAAAGUUCCUGGUUUCAAGACAGUGUUUCGCCAACCUCUGGAGCAAAGCAAAACUAGAAGAAUUCCGAGAGAAGAGAUGUUUCGACUUUCUCACCAAGUUCCUUCUUACUUGCUCACAGGUCAUGAAGGCCAUAAUGCUCCUAAGGGUUGCUUGGAACUUGAUCCUGCAUCUAUACCUUUGGAACUUCUCCAAGUGUUAACUGAAGCUCAGCUGGAAGAGAUGGAAGCUACAGCAAAAGGUGAGGAAGAAAAACCAUUGGAAUGUGUCAAAAAUAUCGAGGAAGAAGAGCUGGUGGAGAAUGGCAAAACCAAGGAAAAAGCUAUUGCAGAAGAUGUGCAUGAAAAAGUUGAUGCAGAAGUGAUGAUGUACAAGAGGAAGGAAACCAAAGAAGAAAAAAAGACGUUGGUGUACAAAAGGAGACGAUACAAUAUCAGGAAAGACACAGGGUAUUGAACUAUUACCAAUUCAGCAUUUUUGAGUAUAUGGGCUAACCGAAGAAAAGAAUUCAUAUUGAAAUUAAACACAGUGCUAAUCUUAGCAGUUCUUUUUUGCAAACACAGGGUCAGAGGGUAACUUAGACUUGUUUGGUUAAUGGAAAUCUCCAUAGCAUAUUAGAAAAUUCCCUUAUUUGAAAGAUUAGUUAUUAUUAUUUUUAUGGUUCUUAUACACCCUCUUUAAGUAAAAGUCUUCUACAGCUGGUUGAGUUUUUAUGUCCUUUAGCUGCAAUUUAUAUUCAAAUUUGUGAUA